UUCUAGUUGAAAACUGAAAAGUUGAAAAGGAAGGCGAGAGAAAAUUAGAUAAUUUUGUGUUAUUUUUCAAUAUUUACUCGAGUUGAACUAAAUACAAUGCCAGAGCUAACUUCAGAGUCAGCUGAUGCAGGAACCAGUUGGGCUGAUCAAGUUGAACAAGAAGAUGAACCAGAAAAUGCAGCUCUACCUCAGUCAACGGAGGUCAUAAAGAAUGGAAUCAAGACUGUAACAGAAUUCAAGAGGAAUGAUGACAAUAAGCUGGUCAAGGUUAUCAGAACAUAUAAAUUGGAAACUCUCAAAGUUCACAAAGCAAUUGCAAAGAGGAAGUUGUGGGCAAAAUUUGGUGAUUCCAAGAUGGAUAAACCAGGUCCAAAUCCUGCAACAACUAUGGUGGCUGAGGAUGUCUUCCUUGUUCUCACAUCCAACAAGGAGGAUUUAAAUCAACAAGAAGAUGAUCCAAUGCGAAAACUCAGAAACCAGAAAAACAUUGUGCAAUGUCGUAUUUGUAAAGGUGACCAUUGGACGUUAAAAUGUCCAUACAAGGACACACUUGAGCCUUUACAACAACAGCUGAAGGAAGAAGAGAAUGCUGCUGCUGCUAGUGGUGAAAGCUCUGGUAGUAAGCCUGCAAAUCUUAAUCAAACUGGAGGUAAAUAUGUGGCACCAGGUCGACGAGAGGGAGCAACAGGAAGAGGCGAAAUGAUGAGUUCAAGAAACAGAGACGAGACGGCAACGAUACGUGUUACAAACUUAUCAGAGGACACGCGAGAAUCAGAUUUGCAAGAACUCUUUCGACCUUUUGGACCGAUAUCUCGAAUAUAUCUCGCUAAAGAUAAAAUCACGAACCAGUCGAAGGGAUUUGCAUUCAUCAAUUUUGUUCGUCGUGACGAUGCCGCUCAGGCCAUAAAGUGUGUCUCCGGUUUAGGCUAUGAUCAUCUUAUUUUGAACGUCGAGUGGGCGAGGCCUUCAAAUACAUGAAUUGUUGCCUUCACAUCACUGCAAUAAUAUAAAAUAAAAGCUUUAUCAUACA